UAUCACUUCGUGUCGUUUGGUGUGGGGACCAGAACCAGAUAAUAAUGUGCUUUUACGGAAUUUCCAAUGUUAGGUCGAUGUUAUUUCCACUUAAAAUGGAAUUUUACUGAUAAUCCCGAAGCUUUGGUAACUCUUAAAGCAUAUUUUACAACUUAGAUAAUUUAAAAAAUAUUUGUUCGGCGGUCAUGUAUACGCCUUCAUAAGAAUUUUCAUAAUGUUGGUGUCGGAACAAAAACUAGGACAUGUUGGUCAUCUAAAAAGUGUCUAUUGUGUGUCUGAGGAUGAGUAUUUCGUGUCGCUUUCAGAAAGGUAUGGACAGCAGUAGAUGCAAACUUUCUACACUGAAAACAAUGAUGUUAUAUUUAUUCAUCUUUAGUCUUAUUCACCUUGGAGUUAACUCACAAGGAGUGUUCAAAAACGUUGACAACAACUGUGCUAUGAUGUGUGUGGCUCAGAGAAAUAUUGAGUUUAACGGAUACUGUCCACAAAAAUUCUGUGACCAUCAAUGCGCAGACAAGCGCCUCGCCUCCCGAGUUGGUUACCCUGAUGGAACCGAAUACCACUGUGCACUCAACUAUCAUAACCGCACCGAGUACAGGCAAACUUGGGCUGUGGUACAAAAUUGCUCAAAAGGAGAGCAGCCGUACAUCAGUUUUUUCAAAAACACCAUGGAAUUACCAUCAAACAAUGGGAUCAUAGUGUGUGACAAGUGUAACGACAGUUGGUCCUACAACAGGGAAGAAAGUACUCCUUCAAACACAUACCAUACCUGUAAAUUUGUGAAAUGGAAUCGAUGCACUCCUGAGAACCAUAAACUCAGUUGUGGAAUUCCAUGGGAGGAUAGAACAGAGUCUGAUGGAUUUUGUAGAUGUGAUUAUGAACAUGGCUAUGCCCCAUUUGGUGGUGAUGUACCCUCGUGCUUUUACUCAAAUGAAGCGUGUGGUGUAAAGGAAUGUCCAUCAGGACACAAGUUGGUAUCAAACUACAGUUGUGUUUCGGUCUGUCCACAAGGGUAUUACCUUGACAACACCUCAAGACAAUGCUUGCGAAUUAUAAGAAGACUGAACGUGACUGUUCAAACCCAAAGCGGGACAAGCUAUAGUCUGCGAAUAGUUACAACUACAGUUCCAGAAACAACGCCUACAAGACAGAACGUGACUGUUCAAACCCAAAGCGGGACAACCCAUAGUCUGCAAGUAGUUAAAACUACAGUUCCAGAAACAACGCCUACAAGACUGAACGUGACUGUUCAAACCCAAAGUGAGACAACCCAUGGUCUGCAAGUAGUUACAACUACAGUUCCAGAAACAACGCCUGCACCCUCAAUAUCUCUCAUAGUUUUUGGAAUCGUUUCCAGCAUACUGCUUCUGCUCAUUGGCCUUAUAGCUGUUGGCAUGGUCUUAUGGAUUCGAAAGAAGAACAAAACAGAAAGAGGACAAAAAACAAACAGUGGAGGGGUUGAGCUUAAUAGUGAUAUUCCACUGAUGGACAGGACGCCUGAUGCAACUCCUGAAAAAGACAGUAGCCGAAAUCAACAGAUCUGCCAUUAGCAUCGGAGCUUUAGCUAAAGGAGGUCAUCAUCUAAGUGUAGAAUUACUCGUUGACCGUCAGCAUACAACCGUAUGAAGACACAUUUUCAAUAGCUCUGCCGGGGUACAGUCGUAUAAUUGUAUUUUUGCGAUGUUCAAAGCUUUGUCAUACGCUUAUGUGAAAGGACGGGGUCACCAUAGAAUCGAUCGAAUCCAAAUUGUGAAUGCACUGUAGAUGACGAAUUUCACACUCUACUUUUAUAGACAUACAUCGUAUUCAUGCGUUUAUGGGUUAAUACAAUCUCUAGCGUGUAGUAUGUAUUAUGUAUGUCAAACGUUGGAAAACAAAUUUUCAUGUCAUAAUGAAUUGAAUAUAAAAAUGACAGCUAUACUCUAUAUGUGACCGAAAAAUGAUAUCGCUAUUACAUUUUUAUGCUGUUGUAUUAUGUAAAUACAUUGUAUGUUGGAGUAAAUGUAAUUGUCUGUACUGUUAAACCUAUUAAAAUGAUGCAUGCUUGUUGAACAAAUGAGACUUAAAUAAACAAGAGCGUUUGAAUGUAUGAGGCUCAAUUUGAUUAACAUCAUAUAUAGUUCAACCUUAGAUAGAUUAUCAAUGUGAUAUG